AUGCUUCUGAUUCUUCUGUUUUUAUUCCAUUUCCCCUUUUAUUUAUUUCUAUCUUUUACUUUAAACUACCUUCUCGUUUUUCUUUUUUUUUUCCUUUCCAAUUUUCUUCACCCUCUUUUCUUUAUUCAUCUUUAUCCAUUCUUUCUUUCUUUUUCUAUCUCUUUCAUUUUCUCCUUAAUUUUUCUUUCAAGUAUCUAUCGUUUUCUUUCUUUCUCUCUCCAAUAUUUGCACAUUUAUAUCGAAUGUCCAUCAACUGCUUCUGUUUUCCACCGUUUUUUUUUUUGUUCACUUUUUCUUUCCAGUUUAUUUAUUUUUGUAUUUUUAGUUUAUUUCCAAAUAUCUACCAUUGUUUUCGCUCAUUUCUUUCUCAUAUUUUUAUUCAUUUCUUAUAUCAUUCUUUUUCUAUCCUUCUUUCAUGCAAUACUUUUCUUUCCUUUCACUUCUUCCUUUUUUAACCUUUUUUCUUUCCCUUCUCUCUUUUUCACCCUUUUUUCUUUUCUUUCCUUCUUUUUUACCUUUUUCUUCUUCUUUUUUUCACCCUUUUUUCUUUCCUUUCUUCUUUUUCGCCUUUUUCCUUCCCUUCUUUCUUUUUUGCCUUUUUCUUUUUCACGUUUUUUCUUUUCUUUCUUUCUUUUUUACCUUUUUCCUCUUCUUUUUUCACCAUUUUUUCUUUCCUUUCUUCUUUUUCGCCUUUUUCCUUCCCUUCUUUCUUUUUUGCCUUUUUCUUUUUCACGUUUUUUUUUUCUUUCUUUCUUUUUUACCUUUUUCCUCUUCUUUUUUCACCCUUUUUUCUUUCCUUUCUUCUUUUUCGCCUUUUUCUUUUUCACGUUUUUUCUUUUCUUUCUUUCUUUUUUACCUUUUUCCUCUUCUUUUUUCACCCUUUUUUCUUUCCUUUCUUCUUUUUCGCCUUUUUCCUUCCCUUCUUUCUUUUUUGCCUUUUUCUUUUUCACGUUUUUUCUUUUCUUUCUUUCUUACCUUUUUCCAUAUUUCUUUUUCAACAUUUUUCUUUAUUACUUUUCCACCAUGUUUUCCUUAUUUCUUUUCACCUUUUCCUUUGCCUUCUUUCUUAUCAUCUUUUUUCUUUUCCUUCUUUCUUUUUCAUCUUUUUUUCUUUUCCUUCUUUCUUUUUCAUCUUUUUUUCUUUUCCUUCUUUUUCAUUUUCAUCUUUUUUCUUUUCCUUCUUUCUUUUUCAUCUUUUUUCUUUGUUUUUCAUCUUAUUUUCCUUCUUUUACACCUUUUUCUUUCCCUUCAUUCGUUUUUCACCUUUUUUACUUCCCUUCUUUUUUCUUCAUCUUUUCCUUUCCCUUUGUUCACCAUUUUUUUCUUUCCAUCUUCUUUUGUUUUCAUUCUAUCUGCAUUUUUCUUUUUCCCCACUUUUCCAUUCAUUCUUUAUUUAACGGAACCUCUUUUUUACUUCUUAUUCGUUCCCUGUUGCGUGCUUCUUUCUUUCUUUCCAUCUGCAAGUAUCUUUCAUUCUUUCUUUCAGUCUGCGUACAUCUUUUUCUUUUUUCGUUGGUUAAAUCCAUCAGUACUUUCAUUUUUUUUCCUUUCCUUGUUCUUUCUUUCAUUCUUUAUUCAUUCUCCUGCAAAUUCUUAUUCGUGCUUUCUUUUUUUCAAUCCGCGUCUAUUUUUCAUUCAUGUGUAUUUCUUCUAUUCUGUCUGUUUUUGUCUUCUACUUCAUGUACAUUUAAUCUUUCCUUCCUCCAUUUUUUUUUUAUCCUUCUAGUAUAA